AUGUACAGCCGUCAAACAACACCGCCGACUGCUCCUUACAACUACAUCCCGGGGAGUGUAGGUUCAGAUAUCACAUACUACUCGCAAGCCUCAUCACCAGAGCCUCAAUUCUCUGGCCCCACUCCCCCAAGAUCGCCAGUCCGCCAAUAUGGACCUAUCCUUCUCCCCAAGGUCCGCAUACAAGACCAAGUAGCCGAGCCCACAACUGGUCCAGUCAGACAUCGCAGGACGACGUCUAGCUCCAGUGUCGGUUACGCCUACAGCCCUUACUCACGGCCAGCCUCGAUGGUCCGCCGUGGCUCAAGCCCGCUCGGUCACAAUGUUCAAAACGUCCACAGCAACAUGACCUCUCCGGUCUCUGUCUCUUCGUACGACUUCAGUCUUUCUACCCUCAACUCGCCCAUCGCAUUCGCACAGCAGCCCGAACUUCCUCGCCGAUCAUCGUAUAUGGGCUCGCAAUCCCGCUCUACCUCAGCCAGCCGUGCCCGGCAUGACCGAUCUGGCUCUGCUGGAAGUGUAGACGAGCGUGUUAUCAGCCGGUACGGCUUCCCUACCUACCGCAACAUGCCCAGCUACGUCACUGCUGCCAGCGCGGCUCAUUCAAACCUGAACCUCGUCACUUCCCUUCCUUCCACAUAUUCAUCUGUUCAAGAUAUCCCCAGCUUCACGUCGACAUGCACUCCCGAAUUCGUCCUCCCGGAAUUCGAGGCUGCACCAGCCGUCCAGUACCCUACCUUCACAGAUGUCAACUUCGACGGCUUCCAGCACGUCCCAGCGACCUCUUCUCUGGUCGAAUACCUAUCUUCUCCUAAUCCUUCCCCAUCCCUGGUUCGCCGCGUGACAAGCGCGCCCCGUGGCAUCAACAACCAUUUCUGGUGGGACAUUCGCAACCUCCGCAGCUGGGAGGACUUCAACAUCACCACCAUCAAGUCCAUUCCUUCAGUGCUUCCCCUGCUCGAAGUCCCCGUCCCAGCAACCUACCUUCCGCAGCCUUGCCGCCAGAACCUGCAGCCCGAGAACGAGUCCGCCCUACAAGACAUCUGCACAAACUACUACGCGAACAAGGUCAACGCCGCGCUCAAGGUAGCUCAGGGAACCACACACAUGAACAUGCGCGCUAUCAAGCCCAUUGCCGGUCAACGCCAACAACCAGAGUUCGUCUCCAACUACCCCACUGAUUACGAGAAGACAAUUUUCGGCGACAGCCGCGGUCGCGUCGUCGGUCUCGUAAAGUGCUACGACCAGUGGAACACCGGCAUGCGUGGCGAGUCACCUCCCAAGCAAGUUCUCUACCUCCAAGGCCUCGCCCACCUCCAGCGCCUCCUAUGUGUCCGCUGCGGUGGCCCCUCCGACUUCUCCGCCCCCGACCCCACAACCGUCAACGCACAAACUGGGGUCCCCAUCUUCGGCUACCUAGAGACCUCUGCUCCCAUCCGCCUCUCCACCUCCGGUGCCCACCCAGAGACUGGAGACAUCCAACUCACCGCCGCCCUUGCUCUCUGGUACCUUCACAUGCUUGCCAAGGAGAACCCCUUUGAAGGCAUGGGCACAUGGCGCAUGGACGUCGGCGGCCCCGCAGCCUUGACCAGGCAAAACUUCUUGGAGAAGGACACCUGGAUCCCCAAGCCCCAGCUCGGCGAGAAGAGAGAGGCAAAGCGUGUUCGCGGAUGGGUGUUCCCCGACGAGCCACUCAGCAAGCGCGAGUGCGGAAAGGGAAAGAGGGGGAAGUCGAUUGGAUAA